UGAUAAUGUCAUAGAAAAUCAAAACCAAAACCAAUACGUAUUCUUGUUAAAAUUGCAGAUUGUUGAUUAAAAUAUUACUUUCUGGAGUUAACUUAAAACAUCGUUUCUAAGAGAUUUUAUAAAGAGUAGAUCAUGGCUGCUAUGAUAAGCUCUUGGAAUCCAGAGAAGAAGCACAGCGACGUGGAAAGAUGGAUAUGUAUUUACCCUGCAUACUUGAAUAGCAAGAAGACGCUAGCUCAGGGCCGUAAGCUAUCCAAAUCAUACUGUGUGGAGAAUCCUACUCAUCAGGAGAUCAGAGAUGUUUUGGUAGCAGCUGGCUUGAGAGUGGGGGUUGAGAACAAGCUGUAUCCUAGGGAACCCAGUAAGGAAAUAUUAUACAGAGGUAGAAUCAGAGUACAGUUAAAAAAUGAUGAUGGAACUCCUGUCAAACCAGACCUUCCAACGCGUGAGGCUGUCAUGAAGCAUAUCGGUGAAUCAAUACCUAAACUGAAGACAAGACAAAACAGACCUGCUGAUCAACCUCAACAAGCAGCCCAAACAAGCAAGAGCAAGGGGAAAAAAGGACGCCGUUAAUUUUAUUUGUUUAUUACAAAAGUAAUUAUUUGUACAAAAUACUUAUCUAUUUCUAAUAUACUACACAAAAACACAAAA